CAGCGUGGAACGCACUCACGUCGAGCCGCCAUACCAGGAAGUAAAGCGCACGUAAGUCUCCCGCAGAACAAAGCAGGAAACACUUGACUUUCGAGUCCAACAUUUCGGCCUCCUUUCAACCGAACUCCAUGACGGUACUCGCCGGCAUUUCUUCGCCUUAGGCCGCUUCGUGGGACGCUGCAAUUGGAGUCUGAAGGCCCACGCGCACACCUUUGAUGGUGAUGGACUCCACAUUGGUUCAAGUGGACAAGAAUCUGACAGAAGCCAUGAGGAUCUUGGGAGAUGGACAAAGAGAGCUGGAAGCAGGAACAGGGAGCUCACUCUCCAGUAAAACCAACAUACCCGCCCCCCUGCAGGGAGACGGUCAGGAUGUCUCCACGGUACUGCACCUUGUUCACAGCCUCAUCCAUGAAAAGGAGGAGGGAGAAGACCAUCCAAGCCCACACAGGAUGCUGAAUGUGGGUGAACAAGGUCACAUGGCACUACUGGGGCACAGUCUGGCAGCCUACAUCUCAGUGAUGGACCGAGAGCGACUUCGGAAGCUGACUACUCGGAUCUUGUCUGAUACCACGCUGUGGCUCUGCAGACUGUUCAGAUAUGAGAACGGUUCAGCCUACUUCCAUGAAGAUGACAGGGAAGGCUUGGUCAAAGUUUGUCGCCUUGUUAUCAAUGCUCGCUAUGAAGAGUAUGCCUCUGAAGGCUAUGCUGUCCUCAGCUCAAAACAGCCUGUCAUCUAUCAGAGCGCGUCCUGCAGGCCCGGCCUGGGACAGCAUUUGUGCAACCAGCUUGGCUUGCCUCUCUCCAGUUUGUGCACAGUGCCUUGCAACACCCUCUUUGGAUCCCAACAUCAAAUGGAUGUUGCUCUUUUGGACAAACUAAUCAAAGAAGACAUAGAAAGCGGGAAGCUUCCUUUGUUGUUGAUCGCCAAUGCAGGUACCGCUGGGGCAGGUCAUACUGAUAAGUUGGGGCGCCUCAGGGACUUGUGUGAUGAAUACAAAAUCUGGCUCCAUAUGGAGGGGGUCAACUUGGCUACCCUGGUGCUGGGUCAGGUCAACUCUGCUAUAAUGGUCGCAACCAAAAGUGACAGUAUGACACUGACGCCAGGUUUGUGGCUCGGACUGCCUGCUGUAACUGCCGUGACUCUCUAUAGACAUGAAGACCCGGCGCUGGCUCUUGCUGCCGGUUUGACCUCCAGUCAGCCUGUGGAGAAGAUGCGAGCGUUACCUCUUUGGCUGUCUCUGCAGUAUCUUGGUUUCUAUGGAAUUGUUGAGAAGAUAAGACACGCCACUGAGCUGAGCCAACAAUUGCUGCUAAAGCUCAAGUCUGUGACCUCCGUCAGAACAUUGGUGGAAGAUGAACUCAGCUCUUCUGUGAUACUGAUCAAAUUGUCAACGGACAGCAGUGCAGCUUGCAGCGGUGGUUCAUUGGAGACUUACAGUGCUGGAGAGAAAGAAGUGCUUGACGCAUUCAAUAGAUUGCUUGGAGAGGAGCUCGCAUUGAUGGUUCCCACCAGUGGCGUGGAUGUAGUGGAACUCGAGGAUGAGGGCACCUGUGUUCGUUUCAGCCCCCUCCUCACGGCUGCAGCUUUCGGGACUCAACUCAAAGAUGUGGAUGAACUGGUACAGAAACUGGCAGAGCUGGUGCCCAUGAUGACAUCCACAAUAUGCUUGAGACAAGACUUUAAAGAGGAAACUCACCGGCACUCGCCCUAUCUCACAUACAUAGAGGAUCUUAGCUGGCCUGGCCUCGGAGCUGUCCGGUAUGAACCACAGGCUGUGGGAAUCGAUGAUACCAGGAGAAUGGAAGAAAUGAAAAAAAUCACCUCUGAACUGCUGAAGAAAUUACAAGACCUGGACACCGAUAUCAUUUUCUCCACCGGCACUGAUCGUGACGGUGAGGGAAGAGAGUGUGCUAUCUUCGUAGGCAUGGUAGCUGAAGACGUUGACGUUGCGGAGCUUGUAAAUAUAAUAGCUAACCUGGGUCGAGACAUUGAAGAGAGUGGACGGCUUCUGGAGAACAUGACCGAGGUGGUGAGGAAAGGCAUACAGGAAGCAGAGCAGGAGCUGGUGAAAGCCAAUGAGGAGAAACUCAUGGAAGAGGGUGUGUUGAGACAGCUGCCUUUGGUUGGUUCCAUGUUAAACUGGUUUUCUCCUGUUCAAGCCUCAGUAAAAGGCAGGACCUUCAAUUUGGCAGCAGGUUCCCUGGACUCCACAGAGGUGACAUACUCCACCAAGGCACAGGCAGGCAGACCUCCCUUAAAAGACUCCCCCACUUUGUCAUCAGAGAGGCUGCAAGGUCAGAGGUUGUUUCGGCGCUCAGGGGCCAGUUCUGACGCUCUCAGUGAAACCAGCUCUAUUGGACAUGCCGAUGGGACAGCCGGCAUCCACCCGACCGCUUCUAUAUGUGUACCAGAGGAGGACUCUCAUGUUGCAUGUCAAGGCGUACCAGAAGAAAGGAUUCAGGAUUCUUGUGUGCAGAAGCAAGACCACAUGGAGGCUGGGCCAGUCUUGGAGGAAAGGAAGCCUGAAGGCCAAGAGGCCCAGCAGAGUGGAGAAUAGAGCACCUCCUUUUGCAAACGUCCUCCAUCUGUCCCUAUAACGGUUCCAGCCUACUGAUGAUUCAAGACAAAUUACAACGUGCAUUUAACUAUUUUUGUUAUAAAAGAGAAAAUGGUUUCUCUCAGAGUGUUUGUUCCCAAUAAGGUCAGUGAAGUCGAUCGGAAAAAUGGAUACUGUAACACUGUGAUUCUCAUUUCUAAUCGUUUGUCUUUUACCAGCAGCCGCGGUGUCCUGAGACAUGUCUUCACACACAUCUUUUAAACCCACCUGGCGUAGAUACGUAUUACAGUCUUACUUGCUUUUCUUAGUAUCGUAUUUUUCGGAGUAUAAGUCGCUCCGGAGUAUAAGUCGCACCGGCCGAAAAUGCAUAAUAAAGAAGGAAAAAAACAUAUAUAAGUCGCACUGGAGUAUAAGUCGCAUUUUUGGGGGGAAUUUAUUUGAUAAAAGCCAACACCAAGAAUAGACAUUUGAAAGGCAAUUUAAAAUAAAUAAAGAAUAGUGAACAACAGGCUGAAUAAGUGUACAUUAUAUGAGGCAUAAAUAACCAACUGAGAACGUGCCUGGUAUGUUAACGUAACAUAUUAUGGUAAGAGUCAUUCAAAUAACUAUAACAUAUAGAACAUGCUAUACGUUUACCAAACAAUCUGUCACUCCUAAUCGCUAAAUCCCAUGAAAUCUUAUACGUCUAGUCUCUUACGUGAAUGAGAUAAAUAAUAUUAUUGGAUAUUUUAUGCUAAUGUGUUAAUCAUUUCACACAUAAAUCCAAAUAAUGUGUUUCCCCUAAAACGUAGACAAAAUUAGACACACAAAAAUAUGAACAAAACACAUUUAAUAGAAAAUAUUUCAAGUUUUACAUGCAAAAUAUUUUUUGUUCUUUUUUUUGUGGCGACCAACGCUCGGAAGUCUUUGUUCGGGCACUCAAUUUCGCGGAAUGUUACACGGGCAAACGGACUAGUUGAUUGGCCGUACCAAUAACUGACACACUACACAGAAAACGAGGCUUAAGUUGUGGCAAAAAUGUUCGGUGAACAAAUGGGUCGUACGAGAACCGAGUUACCGCUAUAUUUGACUUUCAAAGCUGGUGUCGCGGGUGAAAACUACACAUUCAGGGCAAAAUGUGUGAGAAUAGUUAGAAAAUUGCCUAUUUUGGGGCAGGUAGAAUCGUCCUUAUUAAUUGCACUAGAGGGAACUUGGUGUAAAUACAAAGUCAAUGUACUGUAUUUUUCGGAGUAUAAGUCGCACUGGCCGAAAAUGCAUAAUAAAGAAGGGAAAAAACAUAUAUAAGUCGCACUGGAGUAUAAGUCGCAUUUUUUGGGGAAAUUUAUUUGAUAAAAGCCAACACCAAGAAUAGACAUUUGAAAGGCAAUUUAAAAUAAAUAAAGAAUAGUGAACAACAGGCUGAAUAAGUGUACGUUAUAUGAGGCAUAAAUAACCAACUGAGUCUUUUUUUCGGAGUAUAAGUCGUGCCUGGUAUGUUAACGUAACAUAUUAUGGUAAGAGUCAUUCAAAUAACUAUAACAUAUAGAACAUGCUAUACGUUUACCAAACAAUCUGUCACUCCUAAUCGCUAAAUCCCAUGAAAUCUUAUACGUCUAGUCUCUUACGUGAAUGAGAUCAAUAAUAUUACUUGAUAUUUUACGCUAAUGUGUUAAUCAUUUCACACAUAAGUCGCUCCUGAGUAUGAAAAAAAUUGCGACUUAUAGUACGAAAAAUACGGUAAUCCAUUUCAAAAGGUCAGAGGAAAUCCAAAUAAUGUGUUUCCCCUAAAACGUAGACAAAAUUAGACACACAAAAAUAUGAACAAAACACAUUUAAUCGAGAAUAUUUCAAGUUUUACAUGCAGAAAACAAUGCAAAAUAUUUGUUUUGUGGGAGUCUUUGUUCGGGCACUCAAUUUCGCGGAAUGUUACACGGGCAAACGGACUAGUUGAUUGGCCGUACCAAUAACUGACACACUACACAGAAAAUGAGGCUUAAGUUGUGGCAACAAUGUUCGUACGAGAACCGAGUUACCACUAUAUUUGACUUUCAAAGCUGGUGGCGCGGGUGAAAACUACACAUUCAGGGCAAAAUGUGAGAAUAGUUAGAAAAUUGCCUAUUUUGGGGCAGGUAGAAUCGUCCUUAUUAAUUGCACUAGAGGAGACUUGGUCAAUGUAACCAUUUACUCAAUACUGAUUAAAAUACUAACACCAAUUUAAUAUGCAUUCCAAAAGGCGUGAUUAAGUGUUAAAUGGCAGAUUCUUUAAGACUCAGAGAUCCCUUGUUUUGUUGUUCACUUCCACUUCCAACUCCAUAGGUGAUUUCAGGGUAAAAAAACCAACACUAUUAUUGAAAGAGGGUGGACAAGGGUCAGACUUUGGGUGUGGUUGGUCAACAGUGCUGCACACAUCUGAAAAGGGCGUUUGGUUUACUCUCCUAAGUCUCCUUUUACAGAUUUCUCAAAAUCCUGAAGGUUCUGAGGCGGUCUGUUGCUUGUCACCUUAAAGUUCCAGCGCUCUUGGCAGAUCUGAUGUGGGUUAAAGGCUGGUGAGUCCACUCUAGGGUAUGAAUGUGCUUCUUUUGAGCCACUCUUUGGUUGCUUUGGCCAUAUGUUUGGGGUCAUGCUGGAAGAGCCGUUGAUGACCCAUCUUCAGGGUUCUGUUCUCAUCCGACAUUGUACAGUACAUGGCAGCAUUUAUUGUCCGCUCAAUAUAGUGACGUCUUCCUGUGACCAGCCAAUGGCCUCCCAAGCAGAAUGUUUAAUAGCCGGGAUGGUGUUCAGUGACAACAUCUGUUGAGAUGAAGUUCAGAAUGUCUGCCUCCAAACACAACCAGCCUUGUCGAUGCCAAAGAGCUUGAUUUAGUCUCUGACCGUGUCACAUUCUCUGAAUCUUUAUGGUGUUCAUUAGCAAACUCCGGAUGGGCAAAGUAAACAAAAUCAUCAGGGAUCAGAUAGAUAUAAUUGAAAUGCUUCAACUUGAUGGUGACUUUGCUUACAGUUUUAAGAUUUAACGUUUUGCAGUCAUGUAAUAAUUGCACAAGCAGCUGGGGCAAGAUUAACUUGAAAUCAUGUAAAUGUGUGAAUUGUUUGUGUAAAUCAUUCUAUCGCAGAUUGCUUAUGCAUUAUAUUUAUUUCUAUUUCAAUAAAAUGUUGCCUUUCUUUUCCAAGAUGUCCAACCUGGCCUGGCUGAAAGUAAUUCAGGGGAAUACCCUCAAACAAGUGCAUUAAUACAUGAGGUUAUAUGAGUGGAUGAAGACGUUGGCACCGCUAGUGUAUGCUUGCAUCUAUGACAAUAA